GUGUCUUUCUCUGCCUCUGUGCUAACAUCUGGUAGUGGAAACAUUGGACCCAUGUCAGCACAGCAACCCUGGUCUACAAAAAUGUUAUAACCGACAUUGGCAGUGCAUACAACAACACAGCCAAAAGAGCACUCAACGGCUGACUUGCAGGCUACAUGACUGACAACUUUUUACUCAAAAGAUAUUUGCACGUACCAAUGUCAAAUAUCCACGUCAUUGUCCUGAGGCACGAAAUCGUGAUAUAAAUCACAUCCCACAUCCCUAGGGAUGAGAGCCAUGGCCAGAGGACGAAGAACCUCCACCAUGAACACUAACAGGGCUCUGCUUGCUCUGCUGUGCUUGUGUUUGGCCGAGACCGAUGGUGAAAGCAGCGGCACUCUCCAAGAGGGCCCUGGAGCCGCUGCCUCCACCCAGCCGGACAUCCACGCCGUGCUGAGAGAGAUGACCAGCCUCAUCACAGAGCAGAGAGUGGAGCUCAAGUGCACCAAGACACAACUGGAGGCUGUGGAGAGCAGACUGAAGGCCAGUGAGAAGAUGGUGGAACAAUUACAGCAUGAGAGCAAAGCGCAAACCGUGAAUCUGAAUGCUGCUUUGAGCCAAGUGGAGGAUCUGAAGAAGGAGAAAGAUACCAGAAAGGUGUCUUUUUCCGCCUUACUGUGGGAAUCAGGAAGUGAGACACAAGGACCAUUCUCUGAAGCAACUACUUUGGUCUUCAAGCGCGUCAUCACAAAUGUUGGGAAUGCCUACAACUCAAACACAGGGAUCUUCACAGCGCCAGUUAGAGGCGUAUACCAGUUUCUUAUGUUUGCUCAUGGCCACGGCCAUGCAUCCCACCCCGUUGUAAUUGCUCUUUUUAAAAAUGGGGAGCAUAUUGUCACUGCAUGGAGCCAUCAGCGAACAUACAGUGUGAACCCGUCCAAUGGAGCCUCUCUACAGCUGGAGGUGGGAGAUGUGGUCUAUGUGAAGGUGUGGGCCAACGCACGGGUGUUUGACAACGUGAACCGACACACCACCUUCUCUGGCCACCUGCUCUUCCCCAUGUGAAUCAAUCAGGGUCAAAAUUGAUGCCUGACAUACCGUAUUUUGAUUUGAGAUUUUUGAAAAUGAAACCUGUCCACGAAUGAGUGUGUUUAUU